UCCAUGGAGCGUGGCGGCGCUGCUGCACUUCCGGCUUGAUGUAACGUCAGCAGUGAAGCAGACGGUGGGAAUGCAAACUGAACUAAGCCAACCCGUAGCAGCGGCACAGGAAGAAGCAGCCAAUAACAAACGGUAAUCCUCGCAGCGAAUGGGAGCAGCUCUUCCACUUCGCAUACAUGGCGAGCCCGGGAGGGUAGGCUGUCUUUCCGGCUGCGCGGCGGCUAGUAACGCUAGCGCCUCAUGGCUGGCGGCAGGUCUUCUGCACGAGGCCGCUUGUCUUCACGGAGCUCGGCUUCAGGGUGCCGCCGCGCUAUAGCGCUGGGGCAGCGCUUGUCCCGGGCACGCCCUUCCUGAGGGGCCGCGGCAUCUGGCGGCAGGAGGCGGCAGUGGAGCUGUCCUUCGAGUGACGUGAGAGGGCCCAUCGCUGCUCCUGCCCCGAGAAAGCCGGAGGAGAUCCCGAAGAACGAGACAGCUGUACACGCACACCACCCCUCCUCCGCCACGCACACACUCGCUUCCCGCGGAUGGGCAGGCGGAGCCGCGGUCCCUGGCACCCGGAAGUUGCGGGGCGCGCCCGGAAGUUGCAGGCGACGGGCGGUAGGUGGUGUCGCGGCUGCCACGUUGGAGUUGGCCGAGUGCGAGUGAGCGGCGGCGACACAGAGUAAAAUGAAGCUGAAGGAGAUUGAUCGUACUGCCAUGCAGGCAUGGAGCCCUGCCCAGUACCACCCCAUUUACCUGGCCACAGGUACAUCAGCUCAGCAGCUGGAUGCAACCUUCAGUACAAAUGCUUCUCUAGAAAUAUUUGAGUUGGACUUGGCAGAUCCUUCACUGGAUAUGAAGUCCUGUGCCACCUUCUCCUCCUCUCACAGGUACCAUAAGCUGAUCUGGGGGCCGUACAGCAUGACCACAGGUGACAGAGUCUCUGGAGUCCUGAUUGCGGGGGGUGAAAAUGGAAAUGUCAUUUUGUAUGACCCAGCUAAAAUCACAGCUGGAGACACUGGAGUAGUAAUUGCCCAGAAAGACAAGCACACAGGACCAGUAAGAGCUCUCGAUGUCAACGUGUUCCAGACUAAUCUGGUGGCUUCUGGUGCUAAUGAGUCUGAAAUCUAUAUCUGGGACUUGAACAAUUUUGCCACACCAAUGACACCAGGAGUGAAGACACAGCCUCUUGAGGACAUCAGCUGCAUUGCAUGGAACAGGCAAGUCCAGCACAUCCUGGCAUCUGCCAGCCCUACUGGGCGAGCUACCGUGUGGGAUCUCAGGAAGAACGAACCCAUCAUCAAAGUCAGCGACCACAAUAACAGGAUGCACUGCUCAGGCCUGGCGUGGCACCCUGAUGUUGCCACUCAGAUGGUUUUGGCCUCAGAGGACGACAGAUUGCCGGUGAUUCAGAUGUGGGACUUAAGAUUUGCGUCCUCGCCACUUCGUGUUCUAGAAAACCAUACAAGGGGUAUAUUGGCCAUUGCUUGGAGUAUGGUGGAUUCAGACCUGCUGCUUAGCUGUGGGAAGGAUGCUAGAAUUCUCUGCUCCAACCCUAACACAGGCGAGGUGCUGUAUGAGUUGCCCACAAACACACAGUGGUGCUUUGAUAUCCAGUGGUGUCCCAGGAACCCCUCUGUCUUAUCUGCAGCAUCGUUCGAUGGGCGGAUCAGCAUUUACUCCAUCAUGGGAGGCAGCACGGAUGGCUUGAGGCAGAAGCAAGUUGACCAGCUUUCAUCGUCUUUUGGGAACCUAGAUCCAUUUGGUACAGGACAGCCUCUCCCACCUCUGCAGCUUCUGCAGGAGACUGCCCCACAGAGUGUCAUUUUGCCUCUAAAGAAGCCACCCAAAUGGAUCCGGCGGCCUGUGGGAGCAUCGUUCUCGUUUGGAGGCAAACUGGUUACAUUUGAGAAUGCCAAGUCUCAGCAGCAAUCAGGUAUGGAGCAGCAACAGCGUCACUACGUCUACGUGAGCCAGGUUGUUACAGAGAAGGAGUUCCUGGCUCGCUCAAACCAGUUGCAGGAAGCUGUGCAGUCCGAAGGCUUCGUCAGCUACUGCCAGAAGAAAAUUAACAUGGCCCAGGCUGACUUUGAAAAAAACGUGUGGGCCUUCUUAAAGGUGAACUUUGAAGAAGAUUCACGUGAUAAAUACCUUGAGCUCUUGGGAUACAGGAAAGAUGAUCUGAGGAAGAAGAUUGCAUCCACUCUGAAUAAACAGGGUCUUGCAGAUGGUAACUUGGGAGAGGCUCCUACAGAAUCUGAUCAAUCUAUGCUGAACGAGGGGGACAGGACUACAGAGCACUUCUUGGGAGAGAGAGUCAAAGACCAUAAGCAAGAAACUGAAGAUUUGGGAUCUGCAAAGAAGAAAUUUAACAUCUCUGUUAGUGGAGAUGUGGACGGUUUGAUUACCCAGGCUUUGCUGAUGGGCAACUUUGAGAGCGCAGUAGAUCUCUGCUUGCAUGAUAACCGCAUGGCGGAUGCCAUAAUCUUGGCCGUUGCGGGCGGACAAGAGCUACUUUCUAGGACACAGGAAAAGUACUUUGCUAAGAUGCAGAGCAAAAUUACCAGGCUCAUCACUGCAGUAGUAAUGAAGAACUGGAAAGAGAUCGUGCAGUCUUGUGAUCUGCAGAAUUGGAGAGAGGCUUUGGCUGCUGUGCUGACUUAUGCCAGCCCAGAUGAGUUUGCAGCCCUUUGCGAUCUCCUGGGUGACAGACUAGAAAGUGAGGGAGACAGCCUUCUGCAGACACAGGCUUGUCUCUGUUACAUUUGUGCCGGUAAUGUGGAAAAACUCAUUGCUUGUUGGACCAAAGUUCAGGAUGGAAACAGCCCCUUGUCCCUUCAGGAUUUAAUAGAGAAGGUGAUAAUCUUACGCAAAGCUGUGCAGCUCACCCAGGCUGCAGAGCCCAGUGCUGUGGGGGCCCUUUUGGCUGAGAAGAUGAGCCAGUAUGCCAACCUCCUGGCUGCCCAGGGCAGCAUUGCUGCAGCUUUGACCUUCCUCCCUGUGAACACCAACCAGCUCAACAUCAUGCUGUUGCGGGACAGGCUUUGCAGAGCCCAGGGGGAACUUGCAGUGGGACAGGAGGCCCUCAAGCUACCAUUUGAGAGACAGCCCAUGCCCAAAGGACGAGCUGGCCCUGUGGCUGGACAGAUGCAAGGGCCCCAGGCUCCAGCCCAACAGUAUUACCAACAGGUUAGAAUUGCCCCUACUGUCACUACCUGGAGUAACAAAACUCCUACUGCCCUUCCCAGCCAUCUUCCUGCAGGCUGUCCCUCUGACACACAGGGAAACAACCCACCUCCUCCAGGUAUCAUGCCAGGUGUUGUUAAGCCCAUUGUGCCACCACAGCAAGCCACGUGUUCCAGUUACAGCAUGUACUCACAAGCAGGGGCCCGGCCAACAUACCCACACACGUAUCAGGCCACACAGCACUACUCUUGUGGAACAGGGGGACCAGAUCUUUAUCAGCCUCAGCAACCUGUCGCUGUCCCUGCUUCAGCCUCUUACUCAAGUCCUGCCCCUAACAUCACCCCUCCCUACCUGUCCUCUGCCCUCUCCCACUCCAUGCCCUCCCCACUGUACCCUGGCCAACCUCAACUCUCCCCAACAAGCCUGAACUCUGUCCCUUCCUUCGCUCUUCCUCCUUCUGGUGCAUCUUUUCAGCAUGGCAGGCCAGGACCUCCAGCAACUUCUGUGGCUUAUGCAUUACCUACUGGACCAACAGGUACUCUGCCUGCAACAACUGACCUCCCUGCAUCCCAGAGAACAGAAAGCCUACCAACUCAAGACCAACCCUCUCCCUUUACAGGUGAACUAGGGCCUCAGAAUGGCUGGAAUGACCCUCCCACCCUCAACAGAGCUGCCAAGAAGAAGGUCCCUGAUAACUUCCUGCCUCCUGUUCCCAUCACCUCUCCCAUCAUGAACCCACUGGUGGAUCCACAGUCUCAGAUGCAGCAGCCUCCGGCUCCGGCAGCACCCACAGCUGCAUCCAGCUUCCAGCCUCCCCAGCUGCCUGUGGGGCAGCCCAUGUUUCAGGGUGGCUACCCACCUGCUCACCAGCCCCUGGGUCCCUGCCUUGGGCCGCCCACCUCUUCCAAACCCAGCAUGGAAGGGGCCCCUGGGGCCCCAGUCGGCAGCGCCAUUCAGCACGUGCAGGCACUGCCAACAGAGAAGAUUACCAAGAAGCCCAUCCCUGAGGAGCACCUUAUUCUGAAGACUACAUUUGAAGCUCUUAUCCAGAGGUGCCUGCUGUCUGCCUCUGAUCCGCAAACCAAAAGGAAACUAGAUGAUGCAAAUAAGCGCUUGGAGUUUCUGUAUGACAAACUUAGAGAACAAACACUCUCUCCUACCAUCGUUAGUGGUUUGCACAACAUUGUGAAGAGCAUCGAAACCCGCAACUACCAUGAAGGACUGAACAUCCACACACACAUAGUCAGCACCAGCAACUUCAGUGAGACUUCUGCUUUCAUGCCGGUUCUGAAAGUUGUCCUCACGCAGGCCAAUAAGCUGGGUGUCUGAAGGAACUCUGCAUUUGAGAAGCCUUGACAGCUGCUUUUCCAAAGAAGUGCAUUGCUACAGCAAACAUGCAGGAAAAUGGACCAAAUGCUAGUCCUUAGGGCACGUUGUGGUACAGUGCUAACAAAUGGCAGUACACUCUCCCUGCAAAACCUCUCAUUCUAGGAGGGCCGUGGAGCCCUGGUGCUUCUUAUUUUAAUCCUUUUCCCAUCCCUAAUGAUUCUUGUCCAAUAUUCUUGAGCAGUAUAUUUAAUGGAUGGUGUCCCACAUUGUCAAUUUUUAGAUGCAUGUUAUACUGCUAAACAGUGACUUUUAAUAACAUACAUGUGUUAAAACAAGACAGGUUGUGUAUCAGACCCUAAAACAGAUUUUUCCCUUCUGUCCUACUCUUCCUUAUCCACCAGAUUAAAGAGUCUGAUUGUA